AUGUUCCGCUUCGCCCGCACCUCGCUGCGGCUGCUUGCGCGCCCUGCCGUCUGUGCAGCCCCGCGCGCAGCGCCCCUGUCGCUGUUGCGCCCGGCCGCACUCCGAGCGCUGUACUCGACUGAGGCACCUCUCACACCGACCUCGCCGCUCGCCGAUGUCGCCCUGUCGUCAGCAGCCCCGGUCGACGCGCCCCUCGAGUCGGCCGCUGCACCGCCGCAGACCAAGACGUACAAGUCGAUCCAGGCGUCGCUCCACGCGCCGGUCUACCGCGCCAUCACCGAGAAGCCGUUCAAGUACGAGACGAUGAGCGACGUCCAGGCCGAGGUCCUCGCGCGUCUGCCGCGCCUUUCGGCCUCGCCCAAGCGCUUCGACACGGCCGGGACCGAGAUCGAGGCGGCGCAGGACCUCCUCGUGCGCGCCAAGACGGGCACGGGCAAGACGCUCGCGUUCCUCAUUCCGGCGCUCGAGGGCCGCCUGAACGAGCUCGAGUCGUUCCUCGAAACGUUCAAAGCCGAGAACCCCGAGGCGUCGUCGCAAGAGGCCAAGAAGGCGCUCGCCACGCACGCUAAAGCGUCGGUCGGCACCCUCAUCCUGUCGCCGACUCGCGAGCUCGCGACCCAGAUCGCCAACGAGGCGAUCGCGCUCACGUCGCACCUGCCCCAGUUCGGCGUUCGGCUCCUCGUCGGCGGCGCCUCCAAGUCGAACCAGAUGCGCGACUGGAUUCGCAGCCCGAGCAACGACAUUGUCGUCGCGACGCCCGGUCGCUGCGUCGACAUGCUCCAGAGCGAGUCGGCGAUCCGCAAGCCGCUCGCCAACACGCGCCUCUUGAUCCUCGACGAGGCCGACACGCUCCUCGACAUGGGCUUCUCGGACGACAUCGCCACCAUCUCGUCGCACCUGCCCAACCCCGACAGCCGCCAGACGUUCCUGUUCUCGGCGACCGUGUCGAAGCAGAUCCGCGAGGUGGCGCGCAAGACGCUCAAGAAGGACCACGACUACAUCGACACGGUGCCCGUCGACGAGGUCGACACGCACCUGCACAUCCCGCAGUUCCACACGAUCCUGCCCCGCGCCGAGGACCAGCUCGUGCACGUCAUGCGCCUCAUCGCGCACGACCAGAUGCUGUGGGCGCACGAGGCGGCCAAGAACGGCGGCACGGCCGGCGGCAAGGCCGUCGUCUUCCUCCCGACGACGCGCAUGACCGAGCUCUUCUCGAGCGUCCUGCAGCAGAUGAAGGGGCACCUGCCCUGGGGCCGCGACACGCUCUGCAUCGAGAUCCACUCGAAGAAGACGCAGCAGCAGCGCACCAAGGCGUCGGACCUGUUCCGCCGCGCGUCGACGGGCUACUCGGUCCUCGUCACGUCCGACGUCUCGGCUCGCGGCGUCGACUACCCGGGCGUCACUCGCGUCAUCCAGGUCGGCGUCCCGCCGUCGCGCGACAUGUACAUCCACCGCGUCGGGCGCACGGGCCGCGCGGGCAAGGCCGGCCGCGGCGACCUCGUCCUCCUCCCGUGGGAGAGCGGCUUCAUCUCGUGGCAGCUCAACGACGUCCCGCUCAAGCCGUGCACGGUCGGCGACCUGCAGCGCGAGCUCACGACGCUCGCGAGUGAGUGGGACGCCAACCCGCCGGCCUUUGCCGCACCCGCCGCCGUCGCCGCGCCGUCGCCGUCGUCGUCGUCCCGCCGCGACCGCUUCUCGCGCGACCGCCCGUCGCCUCGCGCGAUGACACUCCCCCCUGUCCUGUCGCCUCGCCUCGAGACGCUCCCCGAGUCGCUCAAGACCAACGUCCUCCCCGCGCUCGACACGAUCACGGUCCGCGAGACGUUCGCGUCGCUCCUCGGCUACUACCUCAACAAGGCGCACGAGCUCCGCACGACCAAGGAGGUCGUCCUGACGGGCCUCAAGCGGUGGAGCGUCGAGGCGCUCGGCCUCGAGGACGAGCCGUACGUCAGCGACGAGUUCCUCAAGCGCCUCGGCAUGAACGACGGCCGCACCAAGCACCGCGGCAAGGACCGCGGCAGCUUUGGCGGCCGUCGGGACCGCGACGACGGCGGCGGCAAGCCGUGGGAGCGCCGGGGCUACGUCGGCAGCCGCGGCUCGCGCGAGCGCAGCGGCGGCGGCGGCGACCGGUUCGGCGGCGAGCGCGGCGAGCGCGGCGGUGACCGGUACGCCGAGCGUCGCGAGGGCGGCGACCGCUACGAGCGUCGUGACGGCGGCGACCGGUACGAGCGCCGUGGUGGUGGAGGAGACCGCGACCGCGACUCGAGCCGGUUCGAGCGUCGCGACCGCGACGACCGCGGCGAGCGCAGGUCUCGGUACUAGCUAGAGCCUCUCCCCUAUCCCUCUCUCUCUC